CUUCGGCUGCUGCUCCUGCGUCUUCCUCCUGCUUCAUGCUCCGUGCUUCGUGCCUCCCUACUUCUGCUUCUUGCUUCUGCUUCUUGCUCCUGCUUCUGCUUCCACUUCUGUUUCUGGUGCCUCCCGGCUUCUGCUUCAGUUUCUGCUCUGUGUUUUUCUGUCUCCCUGCCCCCCUGCUCUCCUACUUUUGCUUCUGCUUCCUACUUCUGCUUCCUCUGCUUCUUCCCGGCUGAUCUCCACCCGCCGCCUGGCCGCAACCCACACCUUUGCUCCAAAGAGAUCGGCAGAAUUCGGGAGAUCUCAGUAGGACUCAGGGAUCUCAGUGAAUCUCAGCAUCGAGCUCAGUAUAAGGACGUAGUAGUAUCUAAAGCCAGCAUCGUAAAAGCUCUCGACGCAUCUAUCACACUGAUCUUACUUCAUAAUCUUUGACUACCUUGGCCUACUUUGUGACUUGACCUUUGUUCACUUUGACACCUCGACUCCUGCUCGCCGCGACAUUACUGCGGGAUCCUCGAACAAUACAAGUCAAGUGGUUGAGGCUCUUCGACCCGCAACCUGAGCCACAACCCAAGCUUGCUCGUACGACCUUUGUCUUCCAUCUGGUCACCGGCGUAUAGGCCUCCGGGAACGAGUCGUGACAUUCUGCGUC